AUGGCAGGAAGUAACACCUUAGGGUGGUUUGACUAUUUAGUUAUAGCAGUGAUGUUAUGUAUAUGUGUCGGAAUUGGUAUUUAUUAUAGAUUUAGUGGAGGACGUCAAAAAACUAUGGAGGAGUACUUCAUUGCAAAUCGAUCGAUGAACGUAUUACCAGUCGCCAUUGCCAUGGCGUCCUCUCACAUAUCUGCUCUUGCAUUUCUUGGUUUGUCCGCUGAGAUUUACACAUACGGAACUCAAAUUGUUGGACUAAACUUAGGGUAUUUUUUGAGCAUUCCGAUUUUAUGUUAUGGAUUCUUACCAGUAUUCUUCAAGUUGCAAGCGACGAGUAUUUAUGAGUAUUUAGGGAAGCGUUUCGGAGUACGAGUUAGAAUAAUGGCUAGUUUCGCUUAUUGGAUUCAACAAAUUUUCUAUUCAGGAUUGAUACUUUAUGCUCCUUCUUUAGCUUUGGAGGCGACUACAGGAAUCUCCAAGACUGUCAGCAUUAUUAUUAUUGGCUCUAUAUGUGCCUUCUAUUCCAGUAUAGGUGGUAUUAAGGCUGUACUAAUAACCGAUGUGUUUCAAAGUUUGCUCAUGUUUGCCGCCGUGAUCUUAAUUAUUAGCAUAGCCGCAAAUGAUGUCGGAGGAUUACAACAGAUCUGGGAAAUUGCGCGGCAAGGGCAACGGCUUGAAUUUGAUAGCAUCGAUCUGGAUCCAACAGUAAGACAUACCUGGUGGUCUGUCACAUUGGGUGGUAUAUGUAUAUUCUUAACACUUAUGGGAGUGAAUCAAGUUCAUAUACAACGUAUAAUGACUCUAAAAAAUAUGCAAGCUGCACAAAGAACCGAAUGGCUGUGCUGUUACAUUAUAAUCCUUCUCUUAUUCAUAAUUUACUUCUCAGGAUUGGCAAUAUACAGCAAGUAUUACAAUUGCGAUCCCUUCCUCGAGAAAAGAAUUACUUCUCUUGAUAUGCUUAUGCCACUGUACGUCAUGGACUCGAUGUCCAAUAUAUCUGGUUUACCAGGACUCUUCGUUGCGGGUAUUUUUAGCGCAGGCCUUAGCACGAUUUCUGCAGUGUUAAAUUCUCUAGCAGCAGUAACGCUCGAAGAUUAUUUGAAACCUCUAUAUAUAAAGUGCAGUGGAAAUGAACUCUCUCCUGCAACAUCAACCUCAAUCGCUAAAAUGCUCGCUUUUAUAUUCGGUAUUAUUUCCGUUAUGCUGGCAUUUUUAGUGCAAUAUUUGGAUGGACUAUUUCAGGUUUUCUUUACUCUUUCUGGAAUAAUUGGUGGCCCAUUAUUAGGUAUUUUUACUCUUGGCAUGAGCACAGAAUCAGCGACAGAAGAAGGAGCAAUAACCGGUGCUCUUAUAACAUUUUCAUUUUUAUUGUGGAUUGCCUUUGGUCAGCCACGUCCGAUACCGCCUAAAUUGCCAACUACUAUAGAAGGUUGUAAUAAUAAUGUAAAUAUAUCCGAUUUGCAAAUCACACGUACACACAGCUUCUUCAAAAGUACUGACGACAGAUCGUACUUUUAUUUAUACCGCAUUUCAUACAUGUGGUACUCUCCCCUUGGAUUAUUAAUGACGUUUAUACUCGGACUUUUCGUCAGUAAUCUGUCUCGUUUAUUCAUCAAGAAUCAAAAUGGCGAGUUAGACACCAAUUUAUUUUUUCCUAUAAUAGCGCGGCGUAUGCGUUAUAGACGACGUAAUAAUAUAAAGAAUAAAGGAAAUUCUCCGCUAAACAGAAGAUAUUCUCUUAGUGACGUAAUCCAUGGAAAAGAUGAUACCGCCGAUGAGCAAGUGAAAGGAAAACAACAUUUGGGAGUACAGGCCUACGCCGAGGCUUUACUCAUCAUUCCGAAAACUCUCGCCGUUAAUAGUGGAUUUGAUCCGCAAGACACAAUCGUUAAGUUAUUUGAGGAAAGUUCUGCUUUAAGAGAACCAGUAGGAUUGGAUCUGUCUACAGGGAAAGCUUUAAAACCCGCAGAUGCUGGCGUUUAUGACAAUUAUAACGUAAAAAAACAAAUCAUCAAUUCUUGCACAAUAAUCGCCAGUAAUCUCCUUCUGGUUGAUGAAAUAAUGAGAGCAGGAUUAUCUUCUCUAAAGAGUUAA